AUGAAAGAACUUGGUCUUCUUAAUUACUUUCUUGGUAUUUUUGUUCACACCUUUUCUUCUGGCUAUUUUUUGUCUCAAACUAAAUAUGCUACUGAACUUCUUGCCAAACCUGGUAUGUUAUCUUGUAAACCUUAUUCUUCUCCCAUGGCUCUAAAAUCCUCUUCUCACCCAGAUUCUGCUGUUCCUUUCUCUAAUCCAUCCUUUUAUAGAUCCAUUAUCGGUGCUCUUCAGUACCUUACUAUUACUUGCCUCGACUUAUCCUUUGCUGUGAACUUUGCUUGUCAGUUCAUGCAUCAACCUCUCAAUUGCCAUUUUGCUGCAGUUAAACAUCUUCUUCGGUAUCUUAAAGGUACUCUUACUCAUGGUCUUCAGUUCUCUUCUGGUCUUCUUCUUCUUAAUGCCUACUCUGAUUCUGAUUGGGCUGGUAAUUCUCUUGACCGUCGUUCUACCACUAGCUACUGUGUGUUUUUGGGUUCUGAUUUGAUUUCUUGGCCUGCUAAGAAAUAA